GGUUCGACCCGGUUGAGUCUGAAUUUGGACGAAGAGCCAGAGAAAUCUUGUACCAACCGGAAAGUGAUGAGAGCAGUUCAUAUAGAGACUAAUUAGUAAUUCCAGUGGGGAUUCGUAAAUACAACUCACUGCAAAUACACUUAACGUACAAAAUGAGAUCAAACAUCGUCACUGAGGCUGGAUUGCCUACUAGGAUAGGGCAAUGGUGGGAAGGCAUCCCAUUCCUUACUUCUGUAGUGAUUAUUGUAUGUGGGGCUAUAUACGUGCUAUGUCUUUUUGCUGGAUACGACUCUUUCCAGGAAGUAUGCUUUUUACCUGUCGCUGUUAUAUCAAGGUUUCAAGUUUACAGGAUUUACAGUUCUGUAAUAUUUCAUGGGUCGCUACUGCAUGUGUUAUUCAACAUGUUGGCAUUUGUUCCACUUGGUUCUGAGCUGGAGAGGAUCAUGGGAUCUAUCCGCUUGUCGUACAUCACAAUUCUGUUGGCCACAAGCAACGCUCUAUUAAAUCUUCUUAUUGCCGCUUUGUUAGCACAUAACCCUUUUUACCCUUUUCCAAUUUUCAUGGAUGAGUGUGCCAUUGGUUUCUCAGGAAUACUGUUUUCUAUGAUUGUUAUAGAAACAAGUCUAAGUGGAGCUCAACAUAGAAGUGUAUUUGGACUAUUUAACGUGCCUGCUCAAUGGUAUGCAUGGAUCUUAUUAGUUGUCCUCCAGCUUGUUAUGUCCAACGUGUCAUUACUGGGGCAUUUAUGCGGCAUUUUGUCUGGAUUUGCAUAUACUUACGGCUUGUUCAACUUUCUUGUGCCGGGACCAUCCUUCUAUUCAUCAAUUGAAUCCUCGACAUGGCUUUCAACCUGUGUAAGGAGACCAAAAUAUAUAAUGUGCACUGGUGGAAACCCUUCAGGAUAUCUUCCCACAUAUACGAAUCAAAAUGUGUCUAGUGGAUUGCUCUCUGGAAAUAUAUGGAGGAACCUCUCUUCAUGGAUGCCACAAAGAGGGACUUCCGCUCAGUCAGCAGAUGAUAGCAGGUUCCCUGGGACGGGCAGAACUCUUGCUUCUGGACGGAAUACCAAUGCUUCUACUGUAAACUCUGACUUGGGCUUACAAGCUAAACUCUUGGAUAGUAGCAGCAGUCCAAACGAUUUAUUAAACACAGCAGUUGGAGCUCCACAGCCAAUACUUGAUGGAAGGAGGCCAGUGGUAGAGAAUGGUGCCACCGCAGCAGCUACAGGACUUCAAGGCCAUCAGGUUCCAGUUGUGUCUGAUGAAGAAAUUAAUAAACUUGUCGCAAUGGGAUUUGAAAGGACACAGGUUGAAGUUGCACUGGCAGCUGCUGAUGGAGAUCUAAAUGUAGCUGUUGAAAUUCUCAUGAGCCAAGAGGGGUAAAUGGCAGCAGAGGAAGCAUAUUCACUAAUAUUCAAGAGGGCCUCCUUCAAAUUUAAACCUUUCUUCAUUUUGGUCUUGGUUCGCUGCUAUCAAAUUCUAUAUCAGGAACCUUUUUGUUCAUAGUGCUGUUCAAUCUGCACAGCUCUAACAGUCACUUGACAUUUCUCUAUGUACUUCUAUCCUUUUCUUGUUAUGGGUCAGUCUAUGUGUGUGCAGGAUGUAUAGCAAAUGUAAUGCACAAUUAUGAGAAAGUUCAAACAAGCAGUUAGAAAUUUGACAAAUUCUCCGACCAACCGGCCAAAUCUUUCCUUGCUAAUUUGUCUGCCUUCCCCCUUCCUUGAAGGGAACAGACAUAUUUGAGAUAAUCUGCAUCCAUUGCACUUGUAAAAUGUUUUUUUUAGCUAGUUCAUUUUUUGCUCCUC